AGUGCGGCAUCCCGUGCGCCCGGGGUUCCUGCGCCAGCGUUGGCUUCCAGGCGGGCGCGGCCCGAACGGCGGGCGGCAAUGGUCCCUGAGGGGAGGCCGGACGGUGCGGGCGCCGGCGAGGAGAGCGCCCGGCUGCAGGCGGCGGGCAGCGUCCGCAAGGGCUGUGACCUCCUGGCAAAUUCGCAGCACGGCUGCCUGCAGAGCCGCAGGGCCCAGAUCCACCAGCAGAUCAACAGGGAGCUGAGGAUGCGGACGGGCGCCGAGAACCUGUACAGAGCCACCAGCAAUGCCCGGGUGAGGGAGACUGUGGCCCUGGAGCUGAGCUACGUCAACUCGAGCCUGCAGCUGCUGAAGGAGGAGUUGGAGGGGCUCGAUGGCAACGUGGACGCCGACCAGCCCCAGAGCGAAGGUAUCACUGUCCCCAUGAUCCCCCUGGGGCUGAAGGAGACCAAGCAGCUAGACUGGGCCACGCCCCUGAAGGAGCUGAUCUCAGGGCACUUUGGAGAGGACAGUGCUUCCUACGAGGCUGAAAUCCGGGAGCUGGAGGACCUGCGGCAGGCCGCGCGGACCCCUAGCCGGAGCGAGGCGGGCCUGGAGCUGCUCACGGCCUACUACAAUCAGCUGUGUUUCCAGGAGGCGCGCUUUGUCACCCCUGCCAGGAGCCUGGGGCUGCUGUUCCACUGCCUGACCCGACCCUGCAGGUAUGACUCGCUGACGGGGGUUCCGGCCCAGCAGCGGGCCCUGGCCUUCGAGAAGGGCAGCGUGCUCUUCAACAUCGGCGCCCUCCACACCCAGAUCGGGGCUCGCCAGGACCGCUCCUGCCCCGAGGGCACCAGCUGUGCUGUGGAGGCCUUUCAGAGGGCCGCGGGGGCCUUCAGCCUCCUGAGGGAGAACUUCUCCCACGCACCCAGCCCCGACAUGAGCCCCGCCUCACUCUCCAUGCUGGAGCAGCUCAUGACCGCCCAGGCCCAGGAGUGCGUCUUCGAGGGCCUCUUGCUGCAGGCUCCCGUGGCUCCCCGUGACUGCCUGGCCCAGCUCCACCUGGCUCAGGAGGCCGCCCAGCAGGUGGCGGCCGAGUACCGGCUGGUGCUUCAGACCAUGGCCCAGCCGCCCGUCCAGGACUACGUGCCCUUCCCCUGGACCACCCUGGUGCACGUGAAGGCCGAGUACUUCCGCGCCCUGGCCCACUACCACGCGGCCCUGGCCCUGUGUGACGGCGCCCCGGUGGCGGAGGCGGAGCUUCCAGCCCUCGAGCAGAUCUUCCUCGGGCUCCCGGCCUCGUCUGAGCCCCGGGGCCCCGCCCUGCCCCAGGAGCAGGAGGACCGCCGGAAGCUGGGCAAGGCCCACCUGAAGCGGGCCAUCCUGGGUCAGGAGGAGGCCCUGCGGCUGCAUGCCGUGUGCCGGGCCCUGCGCAGGGUGGACCUGCUGCAGGUCGUGCUGGCCCAGGCGCUGCGGCGCUCUCUGGCCAAGUACUCGGAACUCGACCUCGAGGACGACUUCUGUGAGGCCGCCGAGGCCCCUGACGUUCGGCGUGAGCAGCCAAGCCCCUUGGCUAAGACGCAGCGGAGGCCGGAGGGCAGGGCGCCCAGCUUCUCCCGGGUGAAGGUGGCUGACAUCUUCCAUCGUCUGGGGCCCCUGUCCGUGUUCUCAGCCAGGAACCGCUGGCGGCUGGCAGGGCCCAUCCACGUGGCCCGAGGAGAGGGCGGCUUCGGCUUCACGCUGCGGGGCGACGCGCCCGUCCUCAUCGCGGCUGUCGUUCCAGGGGGCCGGGCCGCGGCGGCCGGCCUGAAGGAGGGUGACUACAUCGUGUCAGUGAACGGGCAGCCGUGCAGGUGGUGGAAGCAUGCAGAUGUGGUAGCCCAGCUGAAGGGCGUGGGCGACGAGGGCGUGAGCCUGCAGGUGCUGACGCUGCUGCCUGGUGCCGAGCCGCCUGGCUCGGGGGACCGCUGGCCAGCCCUGGGGGCGCUUCUGAGGAGCCAGAAGGAGUGUGGCUGGGAGACACCAGGGCCCGCACAAGCCAGCCCCAGGCCCCUCCUUGGCUGGAACCGCAAGGCCAAGAGGGGCAAGGCUGGAAGGAGGCUGUCCCCAGCCCCACACCCCUGAGCCGGGCUGCCCAGGCCGGCAGUGAGGGGCCAGCUCUCCCCACACCCCAGCCCCAGCACAGGCUCCAGCUGACUGGGAGUGAGGACCCCAUGCACGCCUUCCUGACCCCAGAGCACCUUCGGGCCAGUUUGCUGCCCCACCCAGUGCCCAGAGCUGCCCAUUAAAGACAUUGUGAGAUGA